AUGACCCACAAGAGAUCACUGGAAGCACUGAACAGAACAUUGAAAGAUUUACGUGACAAUCAAAAUAUUUUUGGUGGAGCAAUGAUUUUGUUGUCAGGUGAUUUUCGCCAAACUCUUCCAGUUAUACCGCGAUCAACUGUUGCUGACAAACUACGACGAAGCUUAAAAUCAUCAAAUUGGUGGCGUCAUGUUAAGAAACUCCAGUUAUCAACGAACAUGCGAGUGGUUUUGCAACAAGAUGAAACAGCGAAAGUGUUUUCAAAGCAGUUACUAAAUAUUGAAAAUGGGGAAUGCUUUACUUAUAAAUCUGUAGACACCGCUACAAAUCAGGAUGACAUACUCAACUAUCCUACAGAAUUUCUAAAUUCAUUAGAAUUGCCUAGGCUGCCACCACAUAAUUUACAAUUGAAAGUAGGAUCAGUUGUCAUCAUGCUACGUAAUUUAAAUCAGCCCAUACUAUGCAAUGGAACAAGAUUGGUUGUGAAAACGCUAAUGAAUAAUAAUGAAGAAAACAAUUCUUUUGAGUCUGAUGGUUUGUUGCAAACUGAUGAGAAUGACAAAGAACUUUUUUCCGCAAAUUUCGAUGUACCAUUUGAAGAUGAUUCAGUGGUACCUGUUGCAAUCGAUUUACUGAACCUGUUAGGAGUUUUGCCUAUUAAAAAGAAAAAAAAAUCCCAAUGGCGUUAUUCAAACGAUAAAAUGAUUAAUGUAUCGGAAGCACUGGCAAAUAAAAAUUUUCAUCAUCCUGUAACUACACAAGAUGAUCGUAAUGUUGAAGAAAAUGAUGAAAAAUAUUUGCUAAACGUUUUAAAAGAAGAAUUUAACAGAACUACGGAUCGUUCGAAAAGAAUGAAAAUGUCGACUCUUUUCAAGGAUUGGUCUUAUCGAAAAAUUCAACAUCAUUUUCCACUAGCUACUAAUCACAUGAUUAAAACAGCAAAAAAUGGCUAUUGA